AAAUUGAUCAAUAAACUCAUUGAGAAUGGAAUAGAACCAAUGGUAACCAUGCAACAUUUUGAUCUGCCGCAAAAACUGCAACAGCUGGGCGGUUUCACAAACUCAAUCAUAGUAAAAUACUUUGAAGAAUAUGCACAGGAAUAUGCCAAUUUGUUAUACCAACGCUUUGGCGAUCGUGUGAAAUAUUGGAUUACCAUCAACCAGCCAGCGGAAUUUUGUGUACAGAGUUAUGGCAGCAGUAAUCAUGCACCAGGAAUAAAUGCUCAUGGCAUUGACACAAAUGACAUGGUAACAGUGGAUAGAGCGUUACAAUUUUCGCUUGGUUGGGUUGCUCAUCCGAUUUUCAGCUCAAAAGGUGGUUAUCCGUCAGUUAUGAUCUAUCAAAUUGCAAAGAAUAGUGAAAAAGGGGGUCAAUUAAGAUCAAGACUUCCGGAAUUCUCUGAUGAUUGGAUAGAAAAAAUUCGUGGAUCAGCCGACUUCUUAGGCUUGAUUAUUUUUUUCGAGAAAUAUUGGGAAUCUAUUUAUACAGAAGCUGUUAUGAAUGAUUUUUGGGGUACCUCCCGAACAAAAAUUGAUAUUUUCGUAGCAAAAUGCAUGUAAAACGUAACUUUUGUUCGGGAGGUACCGCAAAAAGCCAAUUUUAAGAGCUUUUGUCUGGGAAAACUCCCCUUAUUUUCGAGAAUAAAUAACUUUGCGCCAAGACGCCAAAUAUGUGAAAACAUAACUCGAUUUAGUCAUGUGGGUACUUAAAAUGUUCGUAAGGGAUCAUACUAGAUGUUCAAAGGCAGAAGAGGUAGAAAUCGUUUGCUUUUAUCUGUCAAAUCGAAGCUCAUGUUUGUGAUUUGCUCAUUUUGGCCUGAAAUUUGUCUUUUAAAUGUGAAUCAAUUGUCGCCAAACUCCAUCCAAAUCGCAAUCUGACAAGUACCAAAAUAUUUAUACAGGUUCUAACUACACGACACAAGUCCAAAAUUGAACAAAAGUCCACCACCUGGGUGACCAAAAGAGCAAAAAAUGCAAAAAAUGCCGAAAAAUUGCCUUUUUUUCGUCAUUUUACACUGUAACUGGUUCAGAAUGCCUUUUCAAGGCCUGAUGUCUUGGUAAAAGUUGUAGAUAUUGACGAGCCAAACAAAACCUCAUCAUUAGUUUUUGCCGAGAAUUGACUGGAAAAAUGAUUUAGGUCGAAAUGUUGCGAUAUGAAUUGGCUUCCGAAAUCGCUGUCAUGAAAAUUUUGAUAUGGGGCUUGCCAUGGGUUUUUAUAUGGUACCCAUGUGAUUUUUUUGGACAAAACCUAUUUUUUUGAGGUAUAUUUUUCGAAACUGCCCGGGCCUUUGGGAUGAGGGACAACUUUUUUUUGGAGCAGGCUAGUGUACCUACGUCGAAAAUCUCAAGCUGAUCUGCUAAUAUAGUUAUUCAACGAAAUGGAAAAGACUUUCAUUACGUUUUUUCAUUAAAAUUGAAGUAAAUUUCCCUUUGUUUUGAAUGAAAUGAUUCGGAAACGCCGUAAAUUAGAAAUGAACCCCGGAAAUUAGAAAUUUUCCAUACAAAUUUUCAAACCUGAAAUUCAUUUCUAAUUUCUGAGGUUUUCUAAUUCUCGGGUUUCUAAUUUGCGGGGGCGCACUAUAAUUGCAAUUGCUUCCGAUCCUGCCUGACCGAUUUUUCAUAUAUGAUCUUGUUUCAUAGUCACACACCACUGAAAAUCAUAGUAUUUUGGCAAAUGCAUCGAGUAACCAUUGCAAAACAUCAAUACGUAGUAACGGCCCACAGAGAAGCUGUUAGCGUCGUCGUAAAGUUGAUUAUAUUCUAGUAAAGCCAUACACGAUUGAAAAAAGUUGCCGAAAAAUUCAAUGAUUCAAUGAAUUGGAAUUGAGAUGACAUUGACUGCUAUGUGUCAAAUGACUUACAUUUGAAAUGUAUUGUGGCACUAAAUCUAUGGGCAGCUUCAUGACGAUGAAACAAGAAAUGCAAAUUGAGUUAUUAUCAAAAAUGACACCUUGUCACCUAGCAUAGAACAAACGAAGAAAAUUUCAAAGAAUGACUUUUCUGACCACAUAUAGCGCUGUAACUCCUUUCACAGAUGGAAAACCAUUCUGGCAGCUUCAAAUUUAAUGGCAGCUUCAUGACGAUGAAACAAGACUUCCAGCCAAUUUUGAGCGAUAUGUCGUAUGUGCAAAUUAAGUUAUGUACUGUGAAUCAUACGUUUUACGCAAUAUUCCUCGGAUUUUUCACUAGAUUUCUAUUUUAUUUUAUUUUAUUGAUAUGCGGGUAAUUUUGAUAGAUUUAAACUAACACUUCAAUUAAAGUGUAAAUUUUUGCAUGGAGUAUUUUUGUAAUAAAUGAUUCUCACUUGAUUUCCAACAAAUGUUCAAUUUCAUUUAGAAUUGGAUAGGUUCCAUACGAUUUAUUCAGAGCUUGUGUUGAUUUCACUUCAAAUGCAACAUUCUUAACCACCUUCAUCAUUGCUCAAAGUAUGUCAUACUGAAAACACUUGUUGAAUCUCGAUAAAAUUUGAAAAGUUCCAUUGCUCCGUCCAACAUCAACAUAUGUUGAUGCAAAUUAUCGCUUGUGGCGAUUAAGAUUGUCACAUUAGAACGCGCCUUCAUUGCAUGAAUUUGU